UAUGGCCAACGCCACUGGAGAGCCCGAGGAGGUGAGCGGCGCACUGUCUCCACCAUCAGCAUCGGCUUACGUGAAGCUGGUGCUGCUGGGACUGAUCAUGUGCGUGAGCCUGGCGGGCAAUGCCAUCUUGUCCCUGCUGGUGCUCAAGGAGCGUGCCCUGCACAAGGCUCCUUACUACUUUCUGUUGGACCUGUGCCUGGCUGAUGGCAUACGCUCUGCCGUCUGCUUCCCCUUUGUGCUGGCUUCUGUGCGCCACGGCUCCUCAUGGACCUUCAGUGCGCUCAGCUGCAAGAUUGUGGCCUUUAUGGCUGUGCUCUUUUGCUUCCAUGCGGCCUUCAUGCUGUUCUGCAUCAGCGUCACACGCUACAUGGCCAUCGCCCACCACCGCUUCUACGCCAAGCGCAUGACACUCUGGACAUGCACAGCUGUCAUCUGCAUGGCCUGGACCCUGUCUGUGGCCAUGGCCUUCCCACCUGUCUUCGACGUGGGCACCUACAAGUUCAUCCGUGAGGAGGACCAGUGCAUCUUUGAGCAUCGCUACUUCAAGGCCAAUGACACGCUGGGCUUCAUGCUUAUGUUGGCUGUGCUCAUGGCAGCCACACAUGCUGUCUAUGGCAAGCUGCUCCUCUUCGAGUAUCGUCACCGCAAGAUGAAGCCCGUGCAGAUGGUGCCAGCCAUCAGCCAGAACUGGACAUUCCAUGGUCCUGGGGCCACCGGCCAGGCUGCUGCCAACUGGAUCGCUGGCUUUGGCCGUGGGCCCAUGCCACCAACCCUGCUGGGUAUCCGGCAGAAUGGGCAUGCAGCCAGCCGGCGGCUGCUGGGCAUGGACGAGGUCAAGGGUGAAAAGCAGCUGGGCCGUAUGUUCUACGCAAUCACACUGCUCUUCCUGCUACUCUGGUCACCCUACAUUGUGGCCUGCUACUGGCGAGUGUUUGUGAAAGCCUGUGCCGUGCCCCACCGUUACCUGGCCACCGCUGUUUGGAUGAGCUUCGCCCAGGCUGCCGUCAACCCGAUCGUCUGCUUCCUGCUCAACAAGGACCUCAAGAAGUGCCUGAGGACUCAUGCCCCCUGCUGGGGCACAGGAGAUGCCCCGGCGCCUAGAGAACCCUACUGUGUCAUGUGAAGCAGGCUGGUAGGCAGACAGGCAGGGAGAAAGUCAGGGCCACCAUGAUGGGGCCAACAGAAGGGGAGAGGUGGGGCUCCAUAACAGGAGCCUUUCUUUCUGAGCUCCAGCCCCAGCCCCUCGAACCACCUGGAAUCUAGGUACCUUUGUCAGCACCUCCCCAGGGUUGGGGACUGGGUGGAGGACUAGGAAAGAGGCAUUUCUAGUUCUGUGGGGCCCGUCUCCGCCACCUCCUUCUCCACUUCUACAAUCUCUCUCUCUCUCUCUCUCUCUCUCUCUCACUCUCUCUCUCUCUCUCUCUCUCUCUCUCUCUCUCUCUCUCUCUCUCUCACACACACACACACAGAAGUGACAAUUCAGAAAAAAAAACUGAAAAUGCAGGUUUUUCUACUCACAGCUGAGGAGACAGGCUUUCUUGCUUUAAUGUCUCUCCUCUGACAUUGUCCAGAAGGGGGAAAUUUGUCCUGUAAAAUAGACUUCCAGAGUCCUUAUUGUCCCCUCUGCUCCCACGUACCCUCCCCUUCCAAGUCCUUUAGCAAGGCCUGGAUGUUUAGAGAGAAAUUGAUCUGCUGACAAGAGGGACCGAAGGGGCUGCUGGGUUCCCAGGGAGCAAGGAAUGUUUAAUUGCUAUGUUGUGUGCAAUGUUGUUUUAGGCUAACCCUGGUCCCAAGCCCGGUCUUUUCUCCAUCCCCGCCAUGUCCAGACCUCCCAAGUGUUUCUUGAGCAUCUGUUUGAGAAGCCAGGAGGGGAGGGAGAAGGGCUUCUGGGAUGGGCCCAGGUUAGGUGAAGAGCAGGAUGUGAGUACACGCCUUGAGCUGAAGAGACCCCAGCUUGGCUGCAUUCUCUCAAGCUGCCAACUGGAUCCCCGUGCCCCAACUCUUCUUCUUGAGGAUGGAAAUCCACUCCAACCCCACUGGGGUUGAUGUGGGUGCCAUACAGGCAGGAGCAGCCCCCCACCCCAUGGAAGUGUAGGGAGAAAGUCAAACUCUCCAGAAUGGCUGGAUCCCAAAGGCUGGGGUCAGAGUGGAAUUCAACCCCAGAAUUGUCUCCUGAGUUCAUGAUACUCUCCUGAAGAUGAAAAUUCUUUGAGGGACUUGGUAAGUCAUAGUGGUAUAAAGUCCAGGGCACUGUGGACUUGAGUCCAUUCCUCUCUGACCUCUUUUUGUCCCCCUCAAGCCUCAGGAGCCUCAAGCCCCUCUGUGGUAACCCUUGGCCUUCUGGGCCCUCAGCCCCCAACUUCCUUGCACUGAACAGCCCUUCCCCUCUUCCUCCCUCCACCAUUACUUCCACCCCAAGUGGAGCAGACUGCAGCCAGAAUCCCCAGGUGGGAGAUCCCAAGCCUCCUUCCCAGGGCAGAGUCCACUCUGGGCUCCCAUCAAGUCUCAUGGACUGGUGAGCCAAACUGGCAUUCUUUGCCUGGUCUUGCCCAAGUUCUCUGUCCCCCUCUCAUCUCCUGGGAGAGCAGGAGAUCUGUAUUUAUCCACCUCCUUUCCCUUCCCUACAGAAGCCCUUGUCCUACACUCCCUCCCUACUCCAAGACAGCUCCAGAACUGGGCAAACCUUGACCCAAGAGGGAUGGAGAAGGCACUCUAGGCAGGAGAGACACUAAUGAGCCUGGCUAUGGAGUGGCCUUG